UUGAAUAGAAAUGAAGCAGCAGACGAUGCACAAGGUUACUUGAGUGUCAGUCCUUAAAAAAAUCACAUUCUUUUUCUUUCCUCCUAUGCAAACCUCUCAUCCUUAAAAGAUAUUGGACAGACCUUAUUGUAAUUUGAUAAUGAAUGUUUCAAACAUUCAUUUUUCACUGGAUUUUCUGUGGAGUUCUACAGGAAAGAGGAAAGAAAAAUGUAAAGUUUACUGAAACAUUGUUGUGAGGUAUUGCAGUAAAGGACUAAGCAACAUGAUUUUGUUGAAUUGCUCUACAUUUUAUUCCCUAAGCAUGAACUUUUUCCUCUCUCUUUAUUUGUUAAAGAAAUUUCUUCUCUAAUCUUUUUGUCUAUUUUCUCAAAGUUUGUAUGCUUGUCUCAUGGUUUGCAAUCAGCAACAACUACUAUAAUGUCUGUACCCGUUAACAUUACUUGUCAGGUACCUUUCUCCUUCCCUUUGUGCCUAGACAAAACAGUUGCGUUCCUUCCACUUGUUACAACACAAACUAGAAACCUAAUUAAGAUCCAUUGUCUUUUCUUAAACAUGGGAGGCACAGUAACAGAACCAUUUCUCUUGUUGCAGGGACAUCCGAGGUCAUGCUUUAAUUAUAGCUGCUAAAGGAGUAUCCAAAGAUUACAAAUGGUUGGUAGAUAUAAAAAUUUGACGCUAAUAAAAGAAAUGGCUAAUUGAUGUGCCGUCAUGCCCCAAGUGGAAACCACAAGUGGGCAACAUCAUGUCGAUUUAAGACGAGCAGUGCAGUGGUCAUCAACUCUAGAAGAACUGGAGACGAAGGACAAGGUUAGCCUUCAAGGCAAGGAGGAUGAGGUGUUGAUCAUGAGUUCUUCCAUCGGUGGUGACUCAUUGUCGUCGCCAUUGGCCUCUGAGGAGGAGGAGGAAGAGGAGGAGAGCAAAGGAGGAGAGGUCAAGAGCCAGGCGAAGAAUGGAGCUUUGAGAUGUUUGGGUUCCUUGGAAGACUCCCUCCCUAUCAAGAGAGGAUUGUCGAGCUUCUUCUCCGGUAAAUCCAAGUCUUUCUCAAGUUUGUCAGACAUGGGCAACACGAGCACGAACAACCUUGCAAAAACUGAGAACUCCUUCAAUAAGCGAAGAAGAAUUCGAAUGGCUAGCAAAGCAAAGAGAGCUUCCUAUACUUCAUUCAUAAGUCUAUCACGGCCACCGCUGCCGCCGCCACCAUCACCACCCUCCCUUAAGGAUCACAUUUUGGAGGAAGGCGACAAAGAGGGCAUCUAAGAGCAACACGAGAAGGAAAUGAACAACAUGAUUUAAUAGGUCCUUGGCAUUGUCGAACUUCACGACAUGACUAGUUCAAAGCUUUGUCUUUGAAGUUUGAACAAGAUGAU